AUGGCGGACGAUAAAAAGGGAGAAGACAACGGCCGCAGUCUCAGCGGUGGCCUGUCCUUGACCAGGACCGAGGUCAGCACCUUGGACAGAGAGGAGGGGAUUCGGAGGAUUGGGACGCUGAAGCUCAGAGGGAAGACCGAUGAUCUGCCUCAGGAUUGGUGGUUUGCCUCGACGGCCAUUCCUCUCCUUGCUGCGACAAUUGGUCCUAUGGCAAAUGUGCUGUCGAUUGCAGCUUUGGUCUCGAAAUGGAGGGUUACACUGCCGAACAAUGGACAAUUACCGGAGGGAUUGGAUGCUCUGGGAGUAGACAUCCCAGAUCCGCACUGGGAGGUCAUUUUGAAUGCGAUAUCUCUGGCUUGUGGUUUCUUUGGCAACUUUGCCUUGUUGCUGAAUUUCACAAGGAGAGUGAGGUAUAUUGUUGCUUUACCAUUGACAAUCAUCUCUUGGUACUUUGCUACGAGCAUUCUCAUUGGUAUCAUCGUGGCCAUGAACAAGUAUGUUCCUCCUAUAAGACCCGGUGAAACCUACUCUCAAGGCUUUUGGCAUGCUAUCAUCGCAGCAGUGCUCUACCUAAUUAGCUCUAUGCUUCUGAUGAUCAACAUGCUUGGAUAUUUUCUCGGCCACUACCCACAACAUUUUGACCUUGACGAUGACCAGCGAACCCUCAUUCUUCAAACCAUGAUGUUCUUCCUCUGGCUCGCCGGCGGCGCAGGAAUUUUCUCCAAAGUAUGUGGCUGGAAGUACGCUGAUGCUCUCUAUUUCUCGGAUGUGACAGUUUUGACCAUAGGCUUCGGAGACAUAACGGCCAACAACGACCCAGGCCGUGGAUUCGUCUUCCCGUUUGCAGUCAUAGGUAUCAUCUUCCUAGGUUUGAUGAUCAAUAGUAUUCGAAAGUUCGCUACCAGCAUGUCUAAAGAAAAGGUUAUCAAGGCACAUCAACUUCAUGAGCGAGAACGGACAUUUGGCCGCUCAGUCACCAGCGAGAAGGAACUACGAGAUCGUCUCGGUUUACCUCCACGUAGGGACUCUGACGCCCGACGCGCUUCCACCGGGAUCCGGAAGCAGUCCACUGUUGGCACUCUAAGGGAUCGCCGUACCUCCCUUGAGCAGUACGGACAUUUCGAUGUCCACGGCCGCACCAUCACUUUCCACGAGCACAAAAGCAAGGCUCCAGCGGGUGGUGGGGGGCGUGGCGGAGCGGGCAGAGCCCACAAGCCUAAAGCACCCCUGAGCCGAGAUGCCAAGAUGCAAAUGCGAGCAGCUGGCAAAGACGCCCACGUGAAGCGUCAAAAUCGCCGUGAGAAGCUCAUCCUUCUCAAAGAAGAAAAGGAUCGUUUUGAGGCCAUGCGGGAGAUCCAGUCCAACACCAGCAGAUUCAAGCAAUAUUACGCACUUGCAAUGUCAGUCUUUGCCUUCGGCAUCUUGUGGUGUGUUGGUGCUGCCAUCUUCAUGGUUGCCGAGAAACGGAUUCAAGAUCUCACUUACUUCGAAGCUCUGUACUUCUGCUACGUAUCCCUGCUCACUAUCGGCUACGGCGACUUCUCACCCAAAUCCAAUGCUGGAAAACCAUUUUUUAUCGUCUGGUCACUGGUCGCUGUGCCCACCAUGACAAUCCUCGUCUCAGACAUGGGCGACACCGUCGUCGCGGCUGUGAAUCGAGGAACCUUCACCCUUGCAGAUUGGACCGUGAUGCCGAAAGAGGGCGUCUGGCACGAUUUCCUUCAAAAGCAUCCCCAACUUAAAGAGUGGCUGGAACGGAAAACCAAAGAGCGAGAAGCGAAGAAGAGAAUCGAGCGAGGUUUCGGGUUGCAAAAUCCGGACGAGGAAGGUGGGGCAAUCGAAGAAGCUGAAGCAGCUCAGCCAACGUUGGAAAAACUCGCAGAAGAAGCGCCUGAGCAGACAGAACAUGAACUUGCAAGAAAACUGGCAGUGACGAUAAAGCACGUAGCCAAUGAUUUGCGGACUCCUCGCCCAAAGAAGUACAACUAUGAAGAAUGGGUAGAGUUCACACGCUUGAUUCGCUUCAGCAGGAACACGCCAGAAGAAGUAGCGAACGAAGAGGAAGAGGAGGGCUUAGUAGAGUGGGACUGGAUAGGAGAAGAUAGUCCCAUGUUGGCAGAUAUCAGUGAGAGCGAGUGGGUUCUCGACCGGCUUUGCGAGAGCUUGAAUCGGUACACGAGGAAGAUGGCUAAAGAUGGCAGAAAAGCACAAGAACUCCAAGAUCUUCACGACAAACAUUAUGCUCCCCGCUCUCCAGAUGAAAUAGCGGACAUUGAUUUCGCGCAUGAAACCCGCGGGAAAGCCCAUUAUCCUGCACACCCCGGUCCUCGGUCCCCGCAGCACUCCCGACUCCAUCGUAACCCGGACUCGGGUACCUCGACCGUCUCUCCUGUCCUCUCUCGCGGUCCUUCCGGUGACCAGCAAGUGCAGAUUUUCCACCGCAAGAAGGAUAAAGAGAAGGAGAAGGAGAAGGGCAUUGAAGGUGGGGAUGUGGGGAGUAGUGAGGGUGGGGGGAGUGGGACGACGACUGUGGAGGAGGAGAGCCUAAAGCUGGAGGAGGAAUUUGAAGGGCGAGAGGUAAGGGAGUGGGCUACGAGGGUUAAUAGCCGGGGUGAUGAUCUUGAUGAUCAAGGGGCUGUUGUGAACCCUAGCAGCCACGACUUUGAUUACACGGUGUUGGGGCAUGGGUGA